AUGGGCAAAGGAACGGACAAGUUGUACAUUACCCACAGCGAAUGGUCGAGUGAAGAUGCCUUUGGAGCCAGCGCAGGUGCCAAUGCGCGCAAAGCUGCCAAUCUAGGAGGCGCAGGUAGUUUCAAGCGCCUACCUUUCAACUUCUGCUCCGUCUCGCUGCAGCCGUUUGAGCAUCCCGUGUGCACCGCCGAGGGCACCAUCUUCGACUUGACCAACAUCCUGCCGUGGAUCAAGAAGCAUGGCACCAAUCCCGUCAAUGGAGAGUCGUUGAAGAGCUCCGAUCUGAUCAAGCUACACUUUACCAAAAACGACGAGGGCGAGUUUGUCGACCCCGUCACCUUCAAGGUCAUCACCGACAACACACAUCUUCUUGCAAUCAGAAAUACGGGAAAUGUCUUUAGCUAUGACACGAUCGAGCGGCUCAAUAUCAAAGCGAAGAACUGGCGAGAUCUGAUCAACGAUGCUGAAUUCAAGAGGAGCGACCUGAUCACACUGCAAGAUCCGCAGAACAUCGAAUCGCGAAAUCUCGCUUCAUUCAAGUAUAUCAAAGAUGGCACCAAUACCCUCACCGCUGAACAGCAAGCCGAACGUAGCGCCGGUGUCAAUGAUGCCAAUCUGGGGUCUGCCAGCAAGAUCCUCAAAGCGAAAGAAGCAGUCGCCAAAGCCCGAGCCGAGCGCGAACAGAAAGCUAUGUCGGCUUCGCAAUCGUCCUCCAGCACGCGCGCAGUCAGCGCAUCGAAACCAGCUUCUCAGCAACAGACCACCAAACCCACACCCUACAAUGCAGCCCAAUACACCAACGGCCAAGCCGCAGCCUCCUUCACCUCGACAGGACUCACGCCCUCGACAUCCACCGCUCGUGCGAUCAUGAGCGACGAAGAGUAUAUGCUCAAACCGAAGCGAAUCCGCACCAAAGGCUACGCGCGUAUGACCACCAGCAAAGGCGCCAUGAACAUUGAACUCCUCCCCGAAUUUGCGCCCAAGGCAGUCUGGAACUUUAUCCAAUUGAGCAAGAAAGGAUACUACAAUGGUGUGGCAUUUCAUCGGAACAUCAAGAACUUUAUGAUUCAAGGUGGAGAUCCUACCGGCACAGGGAGAGGAGGCCAGAGUUGUUGGGGAAAGAGCUUUGCGGAUGAGUUUGAGGGACCUGCGACGCAUGAUGGGAGAGGUGUGAUGAGCAUGGCCAACAAAGGAAAGGAUACGAACACCAGCCAGUUCUUCUUGCUGUACCGGAGAGCCGCGCAUCUGGACCGGAAGCAUACCGUCUUCGGGCGGGUUGUGGAGGGUCUGGAUGUGCUGGACCGCCUGGAACAGGUGGAAGUGGGUGACGGAAAUCGGCCGAUCGAGGACGUGCUGAUUGAAGAGGUCAAGGUGUAUGUGGAUCCUUUUGAGGACUUCCUCAAGGCGAGGAGUGAAAAGGAAGCAGAAGAGGCGAGGUUAGAGAAGAUUCGACAGGAGGGAGGUGCGGAGGAUGAGCGGACAACAUGGACCGGAAAGCGAGUUCGCGCAGACGGGAAAGUGGAGAGUCAAAGCGAGGCUGGAACUGGAGUGGGAAAGUACUUGAAACAGGCGAGUGCAGCUGCCGCUACCGGGACGAGGGGGGAUGAAGUUGUAGGAGAGUGGGAUGAAGGAGAGAUGCCACCACCUGCUGCGAAGAAAGCGAAGAGAGGUGGUGGGUUUGGGAAUUUUGACGGCUGGUGA